AAUAAUAAUAAUUGAGAAAAGGAGAAAUUUGAUAAUGGAAAAAGGCGGAGGAAGUUCAGAAAUGGAGUUGACAACAGUGGAGAUCGCGGCGGAACGUAUCGAGCGUUCCAUGAUGUAUAAUUUAGUGAUGGAUGUGUUAGGGUUUGUUCUUUUUAUGUAUCAGCAGAUCCCUUCGAUCUUACAAGAUGUCAGUCUUGAGUUUGAUGCACUGAAUUCUGAGCAUAAAGAUUUGGAGGUUGUUCUUGCAGAAACUGAAAUGAGGGCUGCACAACGUAGGAUUCAAAUGGCAAGGAAGAGACAAGUGAAACAUGGCAUAAGGACACUUGAAAAGCUUAUGAAGUGUGUUGCUAAUACUCAAACUGCCCUCCAAAUGGUCUUCAGUGAAAUCCCAAGUGUUGAGGCUGUCAUUUUGGUUCUUGGAGCUAGUCCAAAUAGGCCCAGACAUGUAUACGAGCUGUGCUUUUCACAUGGAAAGGAUGACGUCUCCAAUGGUUGUGAUUUUACCAAAACAAGAGCAGCAGAAGGGAUUUCAAGAAAGGUCAUCAGAACACUGGUAUCCAAAGGGGCUGGAUCUGAUUCUUAUGCAGGCCCUUCCAAGUUGUUCCUGCUGGUCAAAGCUCCUUCUUCUCUCAGUCUGCCUCUGCAUUUUCUCCCCAAGCGUGAUUUUAGAUACAACAAAAAGAUAGUGCCUAUGAGAUUACGAAUCAAGUGUAGAAAUCAAGAUCGAGAGACUCAUUCUCUAAAUUGUGGCCCUAACAAUACUUUCGAUUCUACGUCAAAUGACUACAUCUGGUUUCAGUGUCGGCAUGUUAUCAAGGGGUUGCCGAGCAAGACAACACCAGAAGAAUGAAUGGCAUAACAUAACAAGUUGAUGUUGCUAACAAAAGCAGACUUGGUUUAAGAAACAUGGUACAUAAGUCGUAACAGAUCAGAAGUUACAGGUAUGGCUUCAAAGCAGUUGGGAACAAUAAUAGGUUGUUCUGAAGCUGAAGGCCAAUAGGUCAAGAUCUGUGUGGAAAUUGUACUAUGAUACAAUGAUACCUGCUUAGAAUCCAGGAAACUCUUUUCUGACUAUCGAAUUUAAUCUUGGUGUAACACUAACAAUGCACGAGUAUGCACAAAUUCAUACUGAAGUAUAAUGCUACAACUUGUAUUCAUUUAAUUCA